AUGAAAGUGCGACGCAUCCCCGACGAAGCUAGUUUCUUAGUGCAUUCAGUGCACCAAUCAAAUCUUGCAUGUGCAUUAGAUAGAAAAAAGUCCCUGUCGACUCCGAUAAUACCAUCACAAAAUGAAAAUUAUUUGUGCGUUCCAAAAAUGGGUCAUAAUGGAUUGCGACAAAAGCAUCCGGAGGUGGGAACAGAUUGUUUUUUCGACGAUAUUGCCAUUCAUACCGAAGUUCAACGUGCAACAACAUAUCAAACGAUCACCAAAAGUGCAUCACAAUCUACAUUAACAAUUCCAGAAAAUUAUAGUUUUACAUCAGUGCAAAUACAAGUGUACAAACGGCGAUGGUUCCUCCUAGUUUUGACUGUCCUUAGUAUUGCCAUAUCGUACGUCCAAUGGAUACAAUACAGUAUAGUGGCAAACAUAAUGGCUAAAUACUACAACAUUUCACCAGCAUGGAUCGACUGGACAUCCAUGAUCUUUAUGGUGAUUUACAUAUUUGCUGUGUUUCCUGUGUCGUACAUCAUGGACGUUAAAAACAUGCGACAAUCUGCAGUAAUUGGAGCAGUUGGAACAGCCCUGGGGGCAUGGAUAAAAGUGUUUUCUGCUGAUCCUUCACAGUUUCAAAUAGUCAUCGUUGGGCAAAUUGUAUCAGCUAUUGCACAAGUAUUUUUACUUAGUAUUCCAUCGCGUUUGUCGGCUACAUGGUUCUCUCCACAAGAAGCGUCGUCCGUUUGCGCUUUUGGUGUUUUCGGAGCCCAGUUAGGAAUUGCAAUUGGAUUUUUCCUAACCCCAAUGGUUAUUGUUAAUCAUGAAGAUUUUGAAGCGAUUGGUGUUGAUUUGCAAGUUUUCCUGAUGGGAGUAGCUGGUAUAUCCACUAUGAUAGCAUGCAUGGUAAUAGCUGUAUUCAAAUCGGAACCACCUUUCGCACCAAGCCACGUGCAAGCCUUGCAAAGAACAAUGAAGCCCCGAAGGAAAGACUAUUGCCCAUCGGUAGGACGUUUGCUAAAGGACGAAAAUUACCUUAUACUGGUUAUAGCUUAUGGCAUAAAUGUGGGCUUAUUCAACGCAUUCUCAACCUUGCUGAAUCAAAUCGUACUGAAUUACUUUCCUGAUAGUGCUACCGAUGCUGGACGAAUUGGGCUGUCGUUAAUUGUACUAGGGUUAAUUGGUUCGAUGGUAUUUGGUUAUCUACUUGAUACAAGUCAUAAGUAUAAAGCUACGGCUGUAUGGUUAUGCCGGCUUUCGGCAGUGACGCUGGUAAUAUUCGCACUUGCUUUAGAAAGCCGUUCGAAAAAAUUAUUGGCGGUAGCUUCUGUAUUUCUUGGUUUUUUCAUGACAGGUUUCCAACCAAUCGGAUAUGAGUUUGCUUCUGAGCUUACUUUUCCUGAACCUGAUGGCCCGGUAAUGGGAAUAUUAAACAUUUCUACACAGAUUUUUGGCAUUGUUAUUACACUGAUGAUAUCUGGAAUCCAAAACGUGUUAGGCGAUUUUGUGGGAAACGUUGUUUUUGCAGCGUUCCUCAUAUUAGACGCAAAUAUUAUCAGUUUGAUUCGUUCGGAUUUGCGACGUUACAAUACUCAUUUAGAAAUAGAGAGCGAGGCUGCAAGAGAAUUUGCGGAAGAUGCUGGUGUUCGCUAUGGAGAUAUUUCAAACUAUGAAGAUUCUGCACUGAAAAUGAAGAUUGACACCUAACAAAUAUUCCUGUGCUAGAAAUCCAAAUUUUUGUCG